UUGUUCCUGUCCUUUCCACAGUGCCUCAUGGCAGAAAGCCAGGAUCAAGGCAUUUGACCUGAGAUUCCUAUUCUGGCUGCUGAGGCCUGCUACUCCAUCUGUUGGCCAACUCCUGCACUAGAGCGAGGUGGGAUGAGAGAAAGAGAGAGGGAGAAAGAGCGGAAGAGCAGUCAGCAGAUUAACAUUAAUCCUCCAGCUUUGCUCACUUCCAGCCAGACAAGAACAGUCACCGGACUGAGAACAGAUUCCUUGGUCAUCGUUUCAGCCCUUGUCUGAGGAGGGAGGCCCAGAUUAUCAUCCACACUCUAUUCCUGAAGGACCUAGCCUACAAUCAACAAAACAGCCUGCUAGCUCCAUGAAAGUUGAGAAAGGCCACUGCCAACGAGGAUAAAGGAAAAGGGUGUAAGUUAGAUUCCCCUUCCCUACUGGAAACCCAGAAGUUCCACAACAGGUGGGUCCUCGUUCUUUGAACACCCAGAAGAAGGGUAGAAGGGAAAAAGGAUAGUACAAAUGAUGGGGAGGGGUCCUGGAGUGUGACUGAUCUCUGAGACGUCUACCCCUCAUCACUGCCACUGCCAAAGUGAAGCCUACCUGAUUUGAGGAACAGAAUACACCGAUUCUGAGAGAGGGCUUCAGAGAGGCUAAGAGAUGAGCCUUGGGAAGCUGCCAGUAAUCAGUUGGGUGUCUGGCUCCCACAACAAGCGGCGCCUGAAAGGAGAUCUGACACCAGACAUGAUCAGUCCACCACUGGGGGACUUCCGCCAUACCAUGCACGUGGGGCGUGGUGGAGAUGCCUUUGGAGACACUUCCUUCCUCAGAAACCAUGGUGGUGAGGCAGCCAAACCCAAUAACUUUUUUGCUCGGACACUGAGGCAUGUGAGGAGAAGUCCACUAAGGAACCGGGAAAGCAGAAGCAAUGAUGAGGCCUCGCCGACACCUCCUGCCAUCUCACCUAUCAUCAAGAAUGCUAUAUCACUUCCACAGCUCAAUGAGGGUAACUACGAGAAUGAUGGCUGUGGUGUCAACUUUGCCUUCAAGAGCACACCUAACAGCUUCUCUGACUAUGGACUGGAUUCUGGAUUCUGCACCAUCCCCCGUGUUCCUCGCUCAGAGAAGACCCAGGGCAGCUCCUGCACUAAUGAACUGGCUCGUUCAGACUCCUUGCUGUCUUUCCGCCUUGAUCUUGGUCCUUCACUCAUGAGUGAGCUCCUCCAUGUAUUCAGCUUCCCUGGAGACCUCAGCAGCAAAGACGGGGGAGAGGAAGGAAAUGAGGAAAUCAAAACUCCAAGCAGCAGUGAUGCCAGCUCUCCACUUCAGCUGAAGAAGAGCACCUGGGCAGAGGUCUCUUUGCCCUGGAGAUCCAAGUCACUACACAAUAAUUGUGAAGAAAGCAAAGUCUCAUCUGGCUUUUGGAGUCACUCAGAAGCUAGCUUGCCUCUAGGACACUCAGUAUGUACCAAUGGAGAUUCUCAUUCCAUAGAGUUGUCCCAGGAAGGGUCACCCUGUUCUAGGGGAAAAAGUUCUGACUCCGAAGCAGUAGCUGCUGAGCAAAAAGAGAGCCACUGGCAAGGGCACCAGAAUGACUGCAGUGUGGAAGCAAGAAGAUUUGACCAUGCCACCCAGAUUCUAGCUUGCCGUUAUGGCCCAGGAAACACAUACCACAGCCUGAAAGAUCAGGAAGAAUCAGGAAGCCAAGCGUCAUGGGAAAGCUCAGAUGCCAACACAUGGAGCUGGAAGGCAGGCAUGGCAGUACAACAGGCACACAGAGCUGGAUGGCACCAAAAAGCAGAGGAAGAAGAGGAGGAGGAAGAUGAUUUUUCAGGAGACUGUGCAACCAUUGCCAGAGAGGGACACAGUGAUUCCUUUAAUUAUGUCGAUGAGGAUGAGGAAGAUGAAGUUAAGGUCUGAGCAAUUAAAAGAAGCAAUGACAAUUGGCACAUUGAGGGUGAAAUCCCAGGGUUAAGUUUAUUUGGAAGGGUUUUUUUUCAGUGGAUAUAGGUUGGCAGGUGACAGAAGAAGCUCAUUUAUCUGUCCUGCUCCCCACCCACUCGAGCAUUUUAAGAAAGGGUUCGUAGAAGAGCAGGAAAGCCAAGUCCCUGUUGCUGUUUCCUUACAACCCCUCCUCUGGUUUGCAGCCAGCAUUUAAAGACACUAAUGAGUUCAUAUCCUCUUUGUCUCUACUGGCUGGCUGACUCUGCCACUGCAGCUUGGGCUGUGACCCCUCAACACACUGAUAGAAAGAAAUUAUUCUUGAUAAAAGAAGCCAGUGGGACCACCAAGACCCUCUGCAUCUGUGGUGCACAGUUAUAGGAAGGGAAGAAUGAGGGGGAAAGGAAGAAAUCUAAGGUGUAGAAAGAUCAGGAAAAACUGCAGGAUGUGAACAGAGCUACAUGUAACAGCACCCAUUUAGAAGUCAGGAGAUGCCCAUUGCCUGAAGCAAAGAUCACCAGAGUUGUUUUUCCAGUCAGGUGGACAGACAUCAGACCAUUCAAGAAGUUCCCCCUCUUUUUUCUCCCCUGGGAAGAUCAGAACUGAUUUGGACGGAAAAAGGGGUAUUUCAUCCAUUUCUUCAUUUAUCAAAGUCCAGGUUAGACCUGGACAAUUCAUUUUGCAUUCUGUCAAAGAAAUAUCACCCAGGUCUUCUGCAGGUAACAACCCUGAAUCCAAUCCAGGAUCCAAGUUAUAUUUAUUCCUACUUCUAAGGAAUGCACAGGAAUCCUCUGUUAGCUGGAGAGGGUAUAGGAAUCCAAUUCUUAGAAAAGCAUGCAGAGGGAGACCUCCUUACACCUGACUCUGGAUCUCCUACAGUAGGAGUAGAUAGUGUAAGACCUGAGCAGCACUGGACCUGAUUUUCCCAUUUUUGCCCCCUGUACACAGGACCCUGCACUACUGUGAUGGGGCAGCUUACCCACAGGCUGCUUGUUCUGUGGCAAAAUGAGGAAACCAUGUUUAUUUGGAAGGUUGGGAAGCCAUGUUUCCCAGGUCAUGCUUUGACAUGCCUAUGAUAUCCUAAAGGUCAUUAAUCUGACCUCCAGGGCAAUUCAAGAGAGCAUAAUGAGGUGAUAAAACCCUGAGAGUGAAGGUUUUCAGGGAAACAAGGGACAUGUCUGGAAAGAGAAGUAGUCUAGAACAAGCCUUCUCCUUGAGGCAGUAAAUUACUGAAUGACAAUUUCCACAGGGGGGGAAGAUGUGCCCAACAAGAAAAGACUGACUGAAUAUGAUUGUGAGAAAUGAGAUGUUCCCUUAGCACAGCAGCAACCUGAGAUUCAGACUUCUAGUCCAUCUUCCCCCGCUCUGCAUAUUUUAGGGGAUAUUCACACACAGCUCUCUGCUUUUUUCACCCCCUCCCUGAUCUGCAUUUUUCCACGGUCAAAUCAUCAAAUUCUCAAGGAACUUAUUCAGAUGAGAAACAAAACGGAUGAAGCAGAUGCCAGACAGCACACUGAUGAGGACAUACCAAGCAGGAGGAAAGAACUGUGCCAUGGCAUUUAGUAUGGCUGUUAGCAAAAUGUAGCAGGGAAUGCAUUUAAUCUAUACAAAUUAAGUUUUAAAAACCCAACAACAACCAGGAAUAUGAAUUUGUCUUGAUCCAGUUACUGAAAAAUGACUCCCUAAAGGCUGUUCACUUGGCACAGGAGGGGGGGGGGCGAAUUGUCUUUUUCAGGCAUCAAAUUACCCAUGUCAGCAGAAUGUCUCUGGGGAGUCCUCCCUAAUAUGGGGGGGGGGCAGUCAAGGAGUAGUUUCUGCACCACCCCAUGAGCUCUUUUCCCCUCUUGGUUAAGCAAGAUGGAAUAUAUUGUUUCCUCUUAGCUGUGUACCAGUGCACACACCUAUAGAUUUAGGAAUCCUUGCCUGGUUUCCGCGCAUCUCCUUCCUUCCUGAUAUCUCCUCUGACCCUGGGGCGGGGGGUAUCGGAUCACAGUGCUCUGUGUGUGUUGCCAGCCUGAAUGCCUCUGGGCAAUGCGGGCUCUCUGGAAUGAGGCGGUUCUCCCAGCACUCACACAGAGAGGUCUUUGUGGCAAGGCAGAAAUGGCUGGGAGGUGAGGUCACACAGUGUUGUCUGUCACAGCACUCUGAUUGUUCAGAACUGGUUGUGGCUGGAGGAGCCCAUUCCUGCAUUUCCCUUAGCCAAUGAGAUUGAUGAGGUGGGUGGUAACAGGGGAGGCAAAAGCAGGAAGUAACACGAGGAGCAUAAUAAAUAAGCACUAUGGAAGAAGCCCUAGCCAACGGAUGUUCUUGGCUCCAUGGGGUCAUAUGUUGACCUUAGCCCACUGCCUCAGCAACAUAAACUGCUGCAGCCACCUUUAAAUAGCUGCUCUGGGACAUACAGCACAUGGCUGGCUUUAGUUCCAGGCUCAGAGCUGGCUGUUAUGAUGUCUAUAGCUAGAUUCUUGGAAGUGUGAUCUAAGGCUCUGGAGGUGGGGGAGCUACUGUAUAAUUCGUGCCUUCCAAUGGAUAUAGGAAGAAGAGAUAGGGAGUCCUUGCAUAGCCCUCACCUGCAAAUCUCAGCUCAUUCAGAAUUUGUCAGAUACACUUCAGUCCAAAGAUUCUGCCCUUUCCUCCUUUGUAUUCCUUGCACUUAUUACUGUUCUCAUUAUUACAAAUUUUAUAUGUAUGGA